AUGUAUAUGCAGGUGGAGAGCCAUACAGGGUCCCGGUUACAUCUCAAGAGAAACCCCAGCAUCCGCUCUUGGUCCCUUUUGGUUGGGAUCUCUUCGGUGGGGCUGGCAGCUGCGUAUUACAGCACAGACUCCUUUGCAUGGAAGCUCUUCUAUGUGGCUGGUUGUUUCUUUGUAGCUAUUCAGAAUUUAGAAGAUUGGGAAGAAGUCAUAUUUGACAAGCGGGAAGGGAAGGCCAUCUUAAAAUCAUUCAGCUUGUACAAGAAAUUGCUGACUAUGUGUAAAGGAGGCCAGGAGCAAGCGGUGGUGCUCCUCAGCGAGAUAAGAGACAUCAGCGUUGAAGAGGAGAAAGUGAAAUACUUUGGAAAGGGCUACCUUAUCGUCUUGCGUCUCUUGACGGGAAUAUCCCACCCGCUUACCCAGAGUGCAGUACUGGGAGGACGUAGUGAUGUGGAAGCUGUGGCUAAACUCCUGACCAACUUCCUGGAACUAGACUUGGCGGGGUUCCGCUCCAGAAUAGCAGAGGAGAGCAGCGACAGUGAGGAGACCUUGGAAAAGGAUGAUGAAUGA